AUGGGAAGGUCUCCUAGUUGUGAUGAAAAUGGCCUCAAAAAAGGCCCCUGGACUCCUGAAGAGGACCAAAAACUUGUUCAACAUAUUGAACAGCAUGGCCAUGGAAGCUGGAGAGCUCUCCCCAAGCUUGCAGGUCUUAACAGAUGUGGCAAGAGUUGUAGGUUGAGAUGGACCAACUAUCUGAGACCUGAUAUCAAGAGAGGAAAAUUUUCUCAAGAGGAAGAGCAAACUAUUCUCCAUCUACAUUCCAUUCUAGGGAACAAAUGGUCUGCAAUUGCAACACACCUACCAGGGCGGACUGAUAAUGAAAUAAAAAAUUUCUGGAACACGCAUUUGAAGAAGAAGUUGAUUCAGAUGGGAAUCGAUCCAAUGACCCACCAGCCAAGAACUGACUUAUUUUCCAGCUUGCCUCAACUGAUAGCACUAGCGAAUCUCAUAGAGCACCAUCAAAUAGAUGAACAAGCUUUGAGAUUACAAGCAGAAGCAGUUCAGGUGGCUGAGUAUGAAUAUUUACAGCAUCUUCUCCAAUCUGCAGCUUUAGUCACUACCAACAGUUAUGGCCAAAAUGGCAUUACAGACAUGGAAGCUCUUAAUUUAUUGAGUUCGAUUCCUCCUUUCAAAGGAACCCCAGUUUUAAAUACACCACAAACAGAUGAUCCAGCCUCGUUUUCUCAGCUGGGAAUCUCAACCUCUCAACCACUCCACUAUCCUGGUCUAUUAUCUCACUCACCAGACCCACAAGUCCCUUUCAAUUUUCAAACAUCGUUAAAUAAUAGUGAGAUAGGCCUGUGCUCCAAUAACUCAACAAUGGUCAACCAAAAUACUAACCCAUCCGAUCUCUCUUCAUGGUUUCCUUCUCCGCAUGAGACAUCGAUAAGCAAUCCAGGAGAUGCAAGCAGCCCUUCCAGCUAUGGCGGGGGAUCUUCUUCAUACUGGCCUGAACUUUACCUUGAAGAUUCUAUUAUGCAAGAACUUUCUUAGUCAUUAAAGUUUAAUAGGUCUGAAGUUGCAUCAAGCGUCUUAAGUUGUUGUUUCUGUGUCGUCUCGCAUUUCAUAAUCUUAUAGGUAUGUAAAUGUAUAGCCUCUUACUGUCAUAUACAGAUGAGUACAUUUAUGCAGCAGGACUAAGAAGGUAUACAUCUGCAUACCUAUCAU